UCCCCAGCCUGCUGUUGGUGCUGUAAUACGGGCGAGGAAGUAAUAGUAGGCGGGGAAAUACGCAAGGCGAUAUGAUGCUUUUUAUCAUGGCAAACCUAAUAAGGAUACAGCAAUUGGACGUCAAGCGAGCACAGGAGCGGGACAUGGAGUUCCUGGGGCGUCCGUAUGUCAGUUACUAAGCCCUCGGACGCACUCUGCUUUGAGUCCAGCCAGUGUCCGACUCCUCCGGCCUUGACAGGGUACUAGCCAUUUCUAUGUUUCUGCCAUGGAACUUGACAGCCUGACGCACCGCGAUACUCACAAUUCUUGUCACUCCAGCCAUCACGCGACUGGCACGACUCGCUCCCCAUGAAGACGCUAGGGUUGCUGGGCGGCAUGAGCUGGGAGUCCACCACCACGUACUACCAGGAAAUCAAUCGGCGCGUCCGGCAUGUCAAAGGCGGCCUUCACUCCGCUCGUUGCAUAAUAUUCUCUUUUGAUUUUGAAGACAUCGCCAACCUCCAACGCGAUGGCAAGUGGGCGGAGGCGGGCUUGCUUCUGAAUGAUGCGGCGACCAAGCUGAGGCUGGCAGGGGCGGAUGCCAUUGUACUCUGUACCAACACCAUGCAUUUCGUGUCCCACGGGAUAGAGGAAUCGUCACAGCUUCCGCUUCUCCACAUCGUCGACUCGACCGCUGAGCAGAUCCUGGCGUCCGGCUACCAAUCAGUCGGUCUGCUGGGGACGCGCUUCACGAUGGAGAAGGAGUUCUACAAAGGACGCCUGACUCAGAAAUACGGAUUGCGCGUGCUCAUUCCAAACGAGGCAGACAGAGACACGGUGCAUUCGAUCAUCUACGACGAGCUCUGCAACGGCAUCGUUAAGGAGCAGUCGAGACAGGCAUAUCAGAAGAUCAUAGGCGAGCUGGCAGAGGCGGGUGCAGACUGUCUUCUUUUCGGCUGCACUGAGAUUGGCUUGCUCGUUCGUGGCUCGGAGGCUGGGCUCCCUGUGUUUGAUACCGCGAAGAUCCACGCGACGGCGGCUGCAGACUGGGCAAUGGCGGACGAGGCUUGAUCAAUGCCAGCUUUGCAUGUCGCCGUAUGUUGGUGCUUCGGUAUGAGACAUAAGCU